UUCACUCACAAACUUAAGUGGGUUUUGAAUUAGGUUUUGGUUCUGGCACUGAUAGUGGUGUAUAUAUAUAUGAAGAAGCUCUCCAAAUGGUUCACAGCCCAAGUCUUCAAGAUCAAACAUUCAAAGCAAAAACAUUCCUCGAUAUCCGAAGAACCCAUGGAGAAUCUAAGGAAAAACGAAGAUAAUUCAGAGGAAAAGAUUGUAGACCAAAUUAUGACCAGUGCCAGUAGCAGCCGUGCUACAAAUAUAAUCCGGAACCACGACUUCUCUCAAGGGCUGCAUUCUUGGCAUGCUAACAGCUGCAGUGCCAUUGUUGCUUCUUUUGAUUCAGAAGAAGUGGCUGAAAAAUCAGCUGGCAAGUAUGCUGUCGUUGUGAAUCGUACUGAAUGCUGGCAAGGGUUGGAGCAAGAUAUCACUGGUGAAAUUUCUCCAGGCUCCAUGUAUUCGGUUUCUGCUUGUGUUGGAGUUUCUGGCUCUCUUCAGGGACCUGCUGAUGUCAUGGCAACUUUGAAGCUAGAAUAUCAAGAUUCAAAGACUAGCUAUUGUUUUAUUGGGAGAACUUGUGUGUCAAAAGACACUUGGGAAACCUUGGAAGGCUCUUUCUCAUUGUCAACAAUGCCUCGAAGGGUUAUAAUCUAUUUGGAAGGCCCUUCUGCUGGAGUUGAUCUGCUUAUCAAAUCUGUAGUUGUUACCUGUACAACCCCACAAAAAUCAGAGGGUGAAAGCAGUGGAUGUACCACUGCUGGAGAUGGUAAUAUCAUUCUUAACCCAACAUUUGAGGAUGGCUUGAACAAUUGGUCUGCAAGAGGCUGCAAGAUUGCUCUACAUGAUUCUAUGGCAGACGGGAAAAUCGUCCCACUAUCUGGAAAGGUUUUCGCUUCAGCUACUGAGCGGACUCAGAGUUGGAAUGGAAUUCAGCAGGACAUCAGUGGAAGAGUCCAGCGAAAGCUUGCUUAUGAAGUUACUGCUGUUGCUCGUAUAUAUGGUAACAAUGUCAAAAGUUCAGAUUUGCGGGCCACUUUAUGGGUUCAAACACCUAAUCAACGUGAUCAAUAUAUUGGAAUAGCCAAUGUGCAGGCAACAGACAAGGAUUGGACACAGUUGAAAGGAAAGUUCCUACUAAAUGGUUCUCCAUCAAAAGUGGUGGUUUAUUUAGAAGGUCCCCCUUCAGGAACUGACAUUCUUCUCAAUAGUUUAGUUGUGAAGCAUGCAGAGAGAACCCCUCCUUCACCUUUGCCAGUAAUUGAGGACCCAAAUUUUGGAGUUAAUAUAAUUGACAACAGCAGUCUACUGAAUGGUACCAAUGGGUGGUUUAGCCUUGGUAACUGCAGCUUAAAUGUUGAAUCUGGUUCUCCUCAUAUAAUUCCUCCAAUGGCUAGAGAUUCCCUUGGAGUUCAUGAACCUUUAAGUGGUCGUUUAAUCCAUGUGAAGAACAGAACCCAGACAUGGAUGGGACCAGCUCAGAUGAUCACUGACAAAGUCAAACUAUUCUUGACAUACCAAGUGUCUGCUUGGGUUCGGAUUGGCUCUGGUGCUACUGGUCCACAAAAUAUUAACGUUGCCCUUGGCGUUGACAACAAUUGGGUCAAUGGGGGACAAGUCGAAAUCAACGACGACAGAUGGCACGAAAUUAGUGGCUCGUUUAGAAUUGAGAAGCAGGCUGCCAAGAUUAUGGUUUAUGUACAAGGCCCUUCUUCUGGGGUUGACUUUAUGCUUGCUGGACUUCAGAUUUUUGCCGUUGACAGAGAAGCAAGGUUUAAGCAUUUGAGAAGGCAGACUGAUUUGAUUCGCAAGCGUGAUGUGAUCCUCAAAUUCUCUGGAGCCGAGUCAGGAAACUUGCAUGGAGCAUUUGUCAAAGUCAAGCAAACCCAGAACAGCUUCCCGUUCGGAUCGUGCAUCAGCCGAUCAAACAUAGACAACGAAGACUUCACAAGCUUCUUCGUGAAAAACUUCAACUGGGCGGUGUUCGGGAACGAGCUCAAAUGGUACUGGACAGAGCCACAGCAAGGUAGCCUCAACUACAAGGAUGCAGAUGACAUGUUGGCCUUUUGUGAGGCCAACAAAAUCGAGCCACGAGGCCAUUGCAUCUUCUGGGAAGUUGAGGCCACGGUUCAACAAUGGCUACGCUCACUCAACAAGAAUGAUUUAUUAACAGCUGUCCAGAACAGACUCAGCAGCCUCUUAACACGGUACAAGAGUAAAUUCAGACACUACGAUGUGAACAACGAAAUGCUCCACGGCUCAUUUUACCAAGACCAUUUAGGCAAAGAAAUAAGGUCCAACAUGUUCAAGACAGCCAACCAAUUAGACCCCUCUGCUCAGUUAUUCGUCAACGAUUACCACGUGGAAGAUGGUUGUGACACGAGAUCCUCUCCGGAGAAGUACAUCCAACAUAUCCUGGACCUGCAAGAGCAAGGUGCACCUGUGGGUGGUAUUGGUAUCCAAGGCCACAUUGAUAGCCCAAUUGGGCCCAUUGUGAGUUCUGCUUUGGACAGUCUUGGGAUUCUUGGGCUUCCAAUUUGGUUCACCGAACUUGAUGUGUCUUCUGUGAAUGAGUACAUAAGAGCUGAUGAUCUUGAAGUGAUGCUUCGAGAGGCGUAUGCACACCCGGCUGUGGAGGGAGUCAUGCUUUGGGGUUUUUGGGAGUUGUUUAUGAGUAGGGAAAAUUCUCACUUGGUGGGAGCUGAAGGGGAGAUCAAUGAGGCUGGUAAGAGGUACCUUGAGUUGAAGAAAGAGUGGUUGUCACGUGCUCAUGGUCAUGUGAGUGAGGAAGGUGAGUUUGGAUUUAGAGGGUUUAAUGGUACCUAUGCAUUGGAAGUUGUUGUUGGGUCUAAGAAGGUUGUCAAGACUUUUGUGGUUGAUAAUGGUAAGACUGACUCCCCUUUCGUUGUGUCCAUUGAUUUAAAGGUUUGAAUGAUUGUUUCAAAAUUUAUCGGUGGGUGGGCGUGUCAAAUAAUUCUUAUCACUGUAAAAAGCAUAUAUAUAAAUAUAUAUAUAUAUAUAUAUAUAUAUAUAAUUGUGAAAACGAAAAGUGUGUGGGGAGGGUGAAGUUUUUAUGGAUUUGUGUAAUGGAAAAGAAAAGGAAACAGAAAGCAUAUAUAUGAUGUGAUGAUUAUUGAUUGUAAUUUUAUGAAGGAAUAAAGAUAAUGUUUUGUGUUUAA